AUCAACACCCAUAUGAUUUAUUCGAAUUUUCAUCUCACACAUACUAGCCUUAAACAUCAAAAUUACAAAAAGGAAUCAUAAAAACCACUAGAAAUUAAUGUGAAUGCAUCAGAUUCCUUUACAUAAAGAGUACUCCACUAAUUAAAACAUCUUCAUAUAUCUCUCCACAUUAUGUCCUAUAAAUAUCACCACCCUGGCGUGUGCCCUCCACACUUCUCCUUAUCCUUUACACAACACAAAGUUAUAAGCUUAAUUUUCUCAUUUUUUUUCCUUUCAUGGCGUCCAUAACAAAUAGCCAAGAAUUAGCCAAAAAUAAUGACAUAGAGAAACAAUCCAUGCAAGUAGAUCAAAAUCUUGAUGAGGUUGAGAUAGCCGUAGAUUACUCCAAAAGAGCACAGUGGCUUAGGGCUGCAGUUUUAGGUGCAAAUGAUGGUUUACUCUCAACUUCAUCUCUAAUGAUGGGAAUUGGGGCUGUAAAACAAGACGCAAAGGCCAUGAUCCUCACCGGAAUCGCCGGUCUCGUGGCCGGAGCUUGUAGCAUGGCCAUAGGAGAAUUUGUCUCCGUUUAUUCACAAUAUGACAUAGAAGUGUCACAAAUGAAAAGAGAAAAUAAUGCAAGUACACAUGAGUUAGAGGAAAAAAAGAAGAAGUUGCCAAGUCCAUUACAAGCUGCAGCAGCAUCUGCUUUUGCAUUUGCAAUAGGUGCAAUAGUACCUUUGUUGGCUGCUGCUUUUGUUAAAGAUUAUCAUGUGAGGUUAGGGAUUGUAGUGGCUGCUGUAAGCUUUGCACUUUUGAUGUUUGGAGGGUUAGGUGCAUACUUAGGGAAUGCACCACUAAUGAAGUCUUCAUUGAGAGUGUUGAUUGGAGGUUGGUUGGCUAUGGGAAUCACAUUUGGACUAACCAAAUUAGUUGGUGUUACUGGACUCUAUGGUUAAAUAUUAACCAUAGACUUUGAUUUGCCUUUACAUAAAUUUUUCCAUUGAAAUAUAUUAAGGUAAUGUCCCAGUACCUAGAUUUGUUGUUCCUUUUUAUUUUUUAAUAUAUUAUAACAUGUAUUUUGAGUGGGGGAGUUUUAGUUCUUCUAUGGGUCCUCGACUCCAUAUACAUGUCAAUUUGAUGCAGCAUGUAAUGAAAGAAUCCGCUUGUUAUCCUUUUAA